AUGCCUUCUCCUGUACCGAUUGCGACUCGUCCAAUUGACAAGCCCUCCGUGGGCAGAAACAACUAUCAGCCUUUUGGGUUUCGCGAAGAAGUUCUACUACAAGGCUGGAGCAAGAAUGGCUCACGCCCCUUGCCCUGCGACAUCCACACAUCGCACGACGUCGGUAUCCAGGUCCGCGAUGGAAGCACAUUAUACUGCGACAUAUACCGUCCUACCGACACCUCCCAAGCUGUGCCUGCGAUUUUGGCCUGGAGCCCAUACGGCAAGAAGUUCAAUGGAAUUAGCAUGUUAAAAGUACUUCCCUGGGGCCUCGGAAUUCCUGAAGGCGUGCUUAGCGGCCUGGAGAAGUUCGAAGGGCCUGAUCCAGCCGAGUUCGUGCCUCGUGGCUUCGCUAUCAUCAACGUUGAUUCCCGGGGAUGCGGCGAUUCAGACGGCACAGUGGGAAUCAUGGGCACCCAGGAAGCCGAGGACGGAUACGAUGUAGUCGAGGCCGUGGCCAAGAUGUCCUGGUGCAAUGGGAAUGUCGGGAUAGCGGGAAACUCGCACCUGGCAAUCAUCCAGUGGUUUAUCGCCGCCUUGCAACCGCCAUCACUCAAGGCUAUUGCUCCCUGGGAGGCAUGCAGUGACCUCUACCGGGAGCAGUUUGUGCGAGGGGGCAUCUUCGAUGCUGGCCUGUUUGAUUUCAUCAUCGACCACAAUAUCCAGGGCCAUAGGGGCAUCGAAGACUUCCAUGAAAUGUAUCGGCGAAAUCCAACUGCGGACAGUCUGUACUGGAAAGAUAAACGACCUGAUAUCAGCAAAAUCAACAUUCCCACCUACAUCACCGCCUCGUACACAAGUUUCGUGCAUACGAUGGGAUCACUGCGCGGAUGGCUCCAGCUUAAAUCACCUGAAAAAUGGCUGCGCAUUUGUCCCUGGCAGGAAUGGUACGAUAUCUGGAACUGCAAGGAAUCUACUGCCGAUCUCGCGUCCUUUUUCGACCGGUAUCUAAAUGGCACCGACAAUGGAUGGGAGAAGACACCCAGGGUACGGACCACCAUCCUGCGAUUCAAUCAAGAUCCGUUGUAUAACAUCACGGAGGAGGAUUACCCGAUCCCACGAACCGAGUAUCGCAAGAUGUACUUUCAUCCUGAAGGGCGGAUGAGUACUGAGGCCCCCAGUGUCGUUUUUUCGUUAUCAUACAACUCGGAAAAGUAUCAGGACUGCGCAAGCUUCACCUAUACGUUUCCUGCCCGGACCCGACUUGCAGGGAUCCCAAAGGCAGUUGUGUACAUGUCGUGCCCCGACUUCCAUGACAUGGACGUGUAUGUUCUGGUGCGCAAGCUCGACGCUCAAGGAAAGACUCUUCUCAACCUCAAUAUCCCUUGGUCGUCAAUUGCACAGUAUGGCGUCAGCCCAGACAGCGUGGACAGCAUCUCCCCCCGGGAGAAGAACAACCUUAUGUUCCAUGUCGGGUCAUUGGGCAUCUUGCGGGCCUCACGUCGAGCCAUCGAUCCAGCCAAAUCCAUCCACGAGAACUUCCCUUUUCAUCCACACGAUCGCGACGAAUAUAUUACUCCUGGGGACAUUGUGAAGCUGGAGAUCGGCGUGUGGGCCAUGGGGGUUGAGUACGAGGCCGGGGAGAGUGUACGAGUCGAGGUUCAUGGAAACAGUCCAUUGCUGCGGGGUGAGUUCAGUGAGGAUGAGGAGUUCCAGGAGCUGGCAUCACAUGGAACACAUGUGCUCCAUCUUGGGGGAGAACAUCCUUCGCAUAUUGUUUUGCCGUUUGUAUGAUGCAAUAGGAAGU